UGUUAGUUACAUUUGUUUUAAAAUAAUGGAAAAUUCAAUAACUGAUUUUCACCAAAAUUCUGAUAUGACAACUUCGUAUAAUCACCCAAAUUCUGAUUUGCCAAAUUCUGAAAUACAUACCUCUUCUGAUAUACCUCCAGUUUCAAAUAAUAAGCGAAAAGCUCCAAAAAUUAAGAGUGGUUUUAAUAAACGACGUCGUGUAGAAAAUUUUGCAAAUAGUGAUGAUAGUGCUGCUGAUGGCGAUGAGAGUGAUAUCUCUGAUGAAUAUGAAAUUGAUUGGGAAAAACUGGAAGAAGAGUUAGAAGAAAGUGCUGCUAAAGCUAAUUUAACUGCUAUUAAUGUUAAGAGCAUCUUACGUCAUGUUUUAUCAGAUAAACGAGUCCUCGAAUAUGCACAAAAUGCAGCUGGGAAUAGUUGCAAUGACAUCAUAAGUAAAGCAAAGUUAACACGAUCAAAAGCAAAGCUGAUAGGUCAACCUCCACUUGGUUUACCUAGUAUGGAAACCACUAAACCAACAUUUUUGGACUUGAAUUUUCCAGAAACAUCUUCAUCAGAUGAAGAAUAUAAACCCCAAGAUGAUGAUGACUUAUCUCAAGUUAGCGAAGAAGAAUCUCUGUACAGUGAUGCUACAUUUGAGACAAGCUCUCCAUCUCAAAAAGCAUCUACUCCAAUCCAUAACUUAAAUGAAGAACUUUCAGAUACCGGAGUAUCAGAUGCUGGUAAUAUCACUGAUAGUUCUGAAGUUAUAAAUAAUGUCAUUGAUAAUGAUAAAGAAUCUGUUUUUAAAGUUCCUGCAGUUCCUACUGAUACCAGAGUAUGUUCUUCUAGUUGUGAAGAACAGAUUGCCCUUAGGACUCGCUCUAAAUAUCCUAUGCAAGAUAUUGAAGUUCAAGAAAUCGAAGCGAUGUUUCAGCCUCCUGACUCUGAUGCUUUAGAUUUUUCUGUCAAAGACCUCGAUGAUCCAGAUGAAAUUAUUUGGAAAAAUUGGUUAGCUGAUUUUAUGAAACCUAUAAAAGCAUUAAAUGACACAAAUGAUGAACAAGAUGAAGAUUUUAACUAUAUGGCUGCAAAUGUUGAUGAAGAAAAUGAGAUGGAGGAAGAGCUGCGCAAUGAUAAAGCAACACGUGUUACUCAAAAAGAAUUGCAAGAGCUUUUUAAUGAAUUGUUACUAGGAUAUUCUCAUCAAAAUAUGGCAGAAAGUAUAAACUCUGAAGAAACUUUCUAUACAAACAAUUUAGCGAAAAUUGAUGCUAUUCCCAUAACAGAAGUAGCUGAAGACUUAUACAUUACAUUUGAACAGCGUCAACAUAUAAUUGCUCAAAUGCAACAGCAUGUUCAAUUGUUGACUCAGAUUUACAUGCUCUCUUGUACAAAUAGUUAUUUAAAAAAUGAAACACAAAUCUGCAAACAGUAUAUUGAAGAACUAGCACUAUUUCAUAGAAAAGCAACAGAGAAUUCAAUAAACAAUGUGGGUCACAUACAAUCAGAUUUAUCAUCUUUCUGUGUUCCCGGGAUUCUUGAUGCUCAUAGAAUUAUAAAAGAAUUGGACGUUUCUUCUAUUGAGCCACCAAAAGUUCAUUUUAGAGCUAAAAAUCCGGUUUAUGAAGUGAGUAAAACUGUUGCAGAAAUCCUUUGUAAGGAGCCUUACUUUUCUACAUUUAUUGAACUUCUUCCUGAGAUAGGUAUGAGUGAACAAAAGAGAGAUAAGAAUGCUUAUGAAUUUUCAUCACAGCGUGUACGUUUUUCAAAGUUUGAAGAUCAUUUGUUAGCAAUGGGUUUAGAGCAAUUUAAAAGACGUGGCAAAUAUGACCUGAUAGCUAAGCAUAUGUUACCUACUAGAACAUCAAGACAGUUAAGAUGUCGUGUAAAAAAUCUCUUAAGUAGGAAUGAAAUAUCUAAUCCAGUUGCAGUUUACUGGCGUGAUGGUUAUUUACCAAACAUACCAGUAAAUGACACAAUUAAAUUACCAAGAGAAAUUUCAACAAUAUCUCUUUACAAACUCCCUAGAAGAGUAUGGCAAGGAAGGUUAGUCCCAAAAUGGUUUAACAAUAAUUGGCGUGAAAUUUUAAUCAAUAGUAAAAACAACAUUGUUACAAAUGGAAAAAAUGAUGGUUUUGAAUCAGAAUAUCAUAACAAAUCUGCUCUUCCUGAAUCUACAGUUACAUCACAAGUAGUUACAUCACAAGUAGUUACAUCACAAAAUCGUGAACCUGCUGUUGACUCCAAUCUGUUGAAGCCUUUUAUUGAUUCUUGUUCAUUUGAUGAAAGCAGUAAGAGUAUUCCUUUUUGUACAUUAAAGGAUCUACCUCAAAUAAAUUCAACUUCUGAAAUUUUAAUAAAUAGUGAAAACAUUUUUAUCUCUCCUCCUGAGAAUUUUUCUGUGAAUUCUCUUAAUUUGGACCAAUCCAAGUGUAUUAAUUUGGACCAAUCCAAGUGUAUUAAUUUGGACCAAUCCAAGUGUAUUCCUCUUCCUUCCACUACUGUUUACUCUACUUCAACUUCUACUAUUAAUAAUGCAACUCUCGAGUUGUCGAAUGAAAAGUUAAAUGAAGGAUUUCAAACCAGCAGUCAUUCAACAGCACCUUCUUCAACACCCAAUCUUGAAAAACAUGACAUAAAUAUGAAAACUCCUGAUGAAAUUCACGAUGUUUUUUCAUUAAAUAUUUCAAGUGAAGCUCCAGUAGUAAGCGAGUCGAGUUUACAGUUACCAUAUGUCUCACUAAUUUACACUAAUAAUUGUUUACAAACCCCAGAGAAGUCGAAAGAUGAAAACGUAUUAAAAAAAUGUUUGGUCUACACAGAUUUAAGCUUACAAACCCCUCAAAAAUGUGGAGUGUUUACACCUCAAAAAAUUAAUUUAAGUUCUGAAGCUUCAGAUUUAUCACAACUUUGCUUAGAUUCUACUUUAAUAAAAAUUGAUGAAAACUCCCCUCCAAAAAAAAACUCCCCUCCAAAAAUCCAUGAAGAUAAACCAAAAGAUGUUAUGGGUUGUGAGAAUCAAUUCCAGAACAAUAUAAAUUCUGCAAAUGAGUUAUUAAAUGAUUCAAAUAGUUUCCUAUGCCCACAUAAUUUGCUCUCUCAUGAAAACACUUCAACCCUAAAUGAAAAUAUAAAAGAAAGUACAUUUUCUCCAGAAAAUAAAUUUAACACAGAGUUAAACAACGAAGUUAAACAGGAUAGUGAUUAUUUGCAUGAUGAUGUCCAUUUAGAAAAUUCUGAUGUUCAAACAGAUAAAAAGCUUUCUGAAGAUAUUAGUUUGUCUAUUUAUUCUUUACAAAAUAGUUCCAAGUUACAAUCUGCAGAAAUUGAAAACAAAGAGCUGUUACCUAUAAAUACUUGCUCCUCUGGUAACUCAGUUAGUUUAAAUGAUAAAGAAGUAGCAGACAUUCUACAAAUGGCUAAUUUGUCUACAAAACAGAAGGUUUCUCAAAACAAACAAAAAGAGAUAAAAAACAAACCGAGAAAACCUAGAAAGGUAAAGGAAGUGUUCAAUUUUUCUGAAAAGCUUAUUGAAAAAGGAAGAGAUUUAACUUAUAUCUAUUUAAAAAGAGUGAAAGAAACAUUAGUAGGUAAGCCUGAGAUAGCAUCUCAGUUUCAUCUUAUAAUGCAAAAGUUAGACACUAAGGAAUUGAAUAGAUUAGAUGCGUAUUAUCGAAUUUCUAAUCUUUUUGUUGAUUAUCCUGAGUUAAUUGAUAAUUUUGCUGGUUUUCUUGAGCAACAUGAAGCACGCCAUGUAGGAAAGUUUUUGCAAUGGCUUUCAUAUGAGCAAGUUCUUCGAUUUCAUCUAUGUUGUGAGCAAGCUUUUGUUAGCCAACCAGGUUGGUACAGUAAAAUCAUUCAAAAGAUUGUUGAUGUGUUUGAGGUUUCUUUAAAUUCUAAAUAUAUAGUUGAUACAAUUACUCCCAUGUUCAAAGGAAAUACAGCUCUUGUUCACCAAUUUAUAAAGAUGUUUCCAGAUCUCUCACCGCCACCUUUUGAUGAUGAUGACUUUGAAGUCAUUGAUUUUGCAGCUGUGAAAAAUGGAACAAAAGAUAUAGAUGACUUUGAAGAAAUUUUGUAUCAUGCUGAAACAGAUGAAAAUGUUACAUUCCAAGAUGAUGUCAGAAACAAACAAAACUCUCAAACAAAAAAAGGCUCAUCUAAAUUUGUUACCAAUAAAUCAAAUACCAAUGUAACCGCUCGUAAACUAAGCCAACUUGCAAGAAAAAAGAAAGGAAGUCAUAAUAAUAGGAAAAACAAAUCGGAUAAUAUUAACUGUUCAAAUGAAUUAAAUUUUGUUGAAAAUGUCUCAUCAGAAGAUGAAGGAGUUAAAAAAAUAACAAAAGAACAAAUUAAAAUUAAUAUACCUAACUGCAAUGAAGUUCAAAGUAAUAACAGAAAUCAAUCAUCUGAGGUAAUUCAAUCUUGUGAUAUAUUUAAUAAAAGUAACCAGGUAGUUAAAACUGAACAAUCAUUACCAGAUCUUUCAUCAAAUGACAUUCACUUUGAGAUUAUAUCAUCUAGAGCUAAUGAAACUGUACUAUCUGAUUCUUCACAACAUUCUUUAUGCUCUGUGACAAAAAGUCAAGUAGUCAGAGAAACGAGUUUAGAACAAGUCGAUUGUCAGAUUAUUAAAAACGUAAUACUUCCUAAAAAGGAUAAAGCUAAGAGAAGACUUGAUAAAAGUGAAUUAAUUACUCUUAGUAAUCAAACCGAUUUAAUGAAAACAGUUUUCUCUCCAGAUAUGUCUCAGGUAUUUGAUAAAGAAUCCUAUUCUCUUUUUGAGAGAGAACCUGUACCUCAAACUCCAUGUCUUUUAACACAAGACAAUUUGAUAUCUAACAGCUUAUUUGAUAAAGAGAAAAGUGAGAGAUCUAUUGUAGAAGUUAAUAAUGAUAACUUUGAUUGUGGGUCUUGUGAAUUGACCUUUCCAGACACUUUAUAUGGUGAUAUUAAAUCAUCGUAUGAUGAUUUAAGUUUCAAAGGGAAAAUAGUUUCUUCAAGUAAAUUAGAAAACUCUACAACGUUUGAAAAACCAGCAGAAUUUAUAAAUUACACUCCAGUGCAUACUGAAAACAUUGAUGUCAAGCCUUCACAUGAAUUAUUGGAAAGUUCUUUACACCAGUCACAAGUAAAAUCUUCCCAGGAGUUAUAUAGAAUUCCAUCUAACUUCUCGUCUAAUUUUAAAUCACAUUCAGAUAACUUUUUGAAAAGUUCAAAAACUUUAAAUAUUGAAAGUUGUUGCAAUGAAGAGAAACAACCUUAUAACUUAUAUGAAACUGAGAAAUCAUUCGCAGAGCUACCGGUCAACAAUCAAAGUGUGAUAUGGAAGAAAGAAGAAGACAUGGUUAUUUUGACCAUACUACAAUCGCUUGGUGAUAAUGAAAAUUCCUUUAGAAAAAUUACUGAAACUUUAGAAUCAAAAUCAGAUGCAGAGGUAAAGAAUCGAAUAGAAUUUCUAUUAGAUAUGUUAAAUGAUUCUAUACAAGACGAUUCCAAUCAAUCAAUGAGUGUUGAUAGUGAUGAAUCUAAUUAAAAUUUAAUGAUUUCCAUUAAAACAAAUAAAAUAAAAAAGACAUUUAUUUAUAUAUUUGUAUAUUUACAUAUACACACACACACACACACACACACACA